AUGGAUAUUGACCUUCCUUCACCCGCUCAUAUUUUGAAAUCAAGACAAAUGCAAUUUGUUCAUCUAAUUUGCUUGUUGAUUGCUAUUUUGGUACAACGCAAACUUACCAUCAACAAUGAUCCUAAUUUACCUACUAGAGAAACUCUUUUAAAACGUCGACGUGUACGGGAAGAGUUGUUACAUAACCUUUCAAAUGGUGGUCAAUGUCAUCAGCUUAUCCGUAUGAGUGAGCAAGCUUUUAAGAAGCUAUUUGUUAUCUUACGACGUGAUGGUGGUCUUCGACCUACUCAACGAAUGUCUGUUGAAGAGCAUGUUGCAAGAUUUUUGCACAUUGUAGGUAAUGGUUUGAGAAAUACAUUUGUCUCUUGGAUGUAUCGGCGCUUGAAAUCCACAACGAGUAGGUGCUUCCAUAAAAUUUUGCGCUCGGUUAUAGCAUUAGAAAGCCUAUAUAUUCAACAACCACAAGGUGAUGUUGUCCCCAAAGAAAUUCAAGAGAAAAAUAGAUUCUUUCCUUACUUCAAGAACUAUGUAGGAGCAAUUGAUGGUACACAUGUUCGUGUCAAAGUACUUAAUAGAGAUGCACCUAGAUAUCGUGGCCGCAAGGGUUACCCAACGAUAAAUGUGUUAGCUGCUUGUUCAUUUGAUUUAAAGUUUACGUAUGUUUUAACCGGUUGGAAGGGUACUGCAUCAGACUCAAGGAUACUAAAGAAUGCACUUAAUAGAGAUGAUAAACUAGUAAUUCCAAAUGGUCACUAUUAUUUAGUAGAUGCGGAUUUGCCUCACUCAACUAUAUUAAUGGCGGCAUAUAGAGGUGUUAGGUAUCAUUUAAAAGAAUAUUCCACUCGGGCACCACAAAAUGCUAGAGAGUUGUUCAAUCUUCGUCACGCUUCAUUACGUAAUGCUAUAGAAAGGGCAUUUGGUGUUCUAAAAAGAAGGUUCCCUAUCAUUAGAAUUGAAGAUCGUGACAAAGAUCUUGAAGAUGAGAACCCGAUAAUGAACAAGCAAAAACAUACUGUAAAUACCGGUAAGAAGUCACUCUUGAACUGGACAGAACUUAUGGAUACUGCAUUUGUUGAUGCAAUGUCAAAGCCUGAUGUGGUUGCACUGAAGACAAAAAAGGUGGCCCGCUUUGAACAAAUGUUGGUAUUAUUUGCAAGAGAUAGAGCUUCAGGAGAAAAUGCUGAAACUGCAAAGGAGAGAAAUGCUAGGUUUAACAACACUACGGACAUCAAAAUAGAAAGUAUUUCAGAGGUUGAUUCUUUAUUAGCAAAUAAUGAUGUUAGACUGGAGAACCAACGUGUGGAUGAUGAUGAAGAUGACAUUCAAGUGGUGUCUCCUACACCUGAACAAAAUUCAAGUGCGAAAAAAUGUAAAACUAAAAAAAGAAAACUCGUAGAUGAAGUAGAAAAGGAAGUUGAACCUCAGCCUCAACCUGAACCUGAAACAUUUGAAACAAAGAUUAUGAAUGCUAUUGGUGAUGUGGCUAAUGCUAUGAGGGAAGGUAACAAAAUAUUUGAAAGAGCUUACCAUCAUGAGUUAACAGGUGAUGAAAUUUAUCAAGAAUUGCAGCCGAUGGGUUUGGAAGCCCAUGAAAUACCAGAUGCUCUCAUGUAUUUGGCUCGUAACCAAGCAGAUGCAAGGACGUUGUUUACUUGUCCAAUGAACAUAAGGAAGGAUAUACUAAAAACAAUGAUGGGCGCAGGUAAAUGA